AUUGUCACGAGACAAGGGAAGUGAACACCUCUCAUCACUUCCGGCGGUAUUUCGAAAACGGCGGAUGGUGUGAACGUUUAGACACAAGCCAUGGACAUACGACCCAACCACACCAUUUACAUCAACAAUGUAAAUGACAAAGUUAAAAAAGAAGAGCUGAAGCGAUCGCUGUAUGCGCUGUUCUCUCAGUUCGGGCAGAUCAUUGACAUUGUAGCCUUGAAGACGAUGAAGAUGAGAGGACAGGCGUUUGUUGUCUUCAGAGAACUGGGCUCUUCUACAAAUGCUCUUCGCCAACUGCAGGGAUUUCCUUUCUAUAAUAAACCUAUGCGCAUACAGUAUGCCAAAACGGACUCUGAGGUCAUCUCUAAAAUGCGCGGCACGUUCGGCGACAAGGAAAAGAAGAAAGACAAGAAGAAGAAGGCUCUGGAGUUAGCGGCGAACCCAGCUAAGAAAGCAGCUCCGGGUACAAAUGCACUGCCAAAUGCUGCUCCAGCUCAACAGACUCCUGACAAUCCGCCAAACUACAUCCUGUUCCUCAACAAUCUUCCAGAGGAAACCAAUGAGAUGAUGCUGUCUAUGUUGUUCAAUCAGUUCCCUGGUUUUAAAGAGGUGCGGCUGGUCCCGGGCAGACACGACAUCGCCUUCGUGGAGUUUGAGACAGAGGGCCAGGCGGGCGUGGCCAGGGACGCGCUGCAGGGCUUCCGCAUCACCUCCACCUGCGCCAUGAAGAUCACCUACGCCAAGAAGUAGCCCCGACAGACGGGCGGGAGGCUAUUGUGGACUGUGGCAGCAUUUUAGCUGCUCCUCAUGAUGAUUUUGUGUUGUUUUAUUUUUAUUUUUUGUAAUAAAUGCUUUUUUAGGCAGUUGAGGAUCAUCUGUGCUUUGGUUCUGAAUGUGGGAAAUCCUUUGGAAACGAGAUGGACUGCGGGAAAUUUAUCUUGUUUCAUUUUUUUGAAAACAAAAGUGGCUGUCUCCUGUGAUUAGAGUAAUAAAAGUAUCACAAGGAAGUUUUUUUUUUAAAAAGCUUCCGCAGUUUUUUACAAGUUCAUUCUCAUUUAAUCCCUUUGCACAUGCCCCUCUGGGCUCAACUAGACAUUCAGUACUACUCCAACCAUACUAUGAGUGGAAACAACCAACUGUCCUGGCUUUAUUAGUAGAUGAUACUCAACAACUUUUGCCACCAUUGUCGCAUAGUUCAUUCAUUUAACAAGCACCCCCCACCCAGUCAUAUCUGCAACUAGCGUGACAGUCAACAACAGCAUUUAUCUGUGAGUUAAUAAAAUAUUUAGCACAAGGUAAAGCCGUC